AUGAUUACUCUCAGACUUAAAUUAAACCGGAAAUUAUUUAGACUUGGAGAAAUUUUUAAGUCUGUUUUUAACCUAUCAUCCUCCUUUCGCUAUUUCAGCCUAUCAUACUCCUUUCUUUAUUUCAGGCUAUCAUCCUCUGUUAGUUAUGUCAGCCUAUCAUCCUCCUUUAUUUCAGCCUAUCAUCCUCCUUUCGAUAUUUCAGCCAGUCAUCCUCCUUUAUUUCAGCCUAUCAUCCUUCUUUCGUUAUAUCAUACUCCUUUGAUUAUUUCAACCUAUCAUCUUCCUUUCUUUAUUUCAGCCUAUCAUCCUCCUUUAUUUCAGCCAAUCAUUCUCCUUUCGAUAUUUCAGCCAAUCUUCCUUCUUUUGUUAUUUCAGCCUAUUAUCUUCCUCCUUUCUUUCUUUCAGCCUUGCAAAAAAAAUAUUCAUUCUCUUUUUGUACAAUUGUCUUUCUUUCUUGCCUCUUUUCUUUUUUUUUCUGUCUGUCUAAUAUUUACCGCAGUAUUUUUUUUUUUUGGUUUGAUUUCCGAUUCACUGUAUCUAAAUUUUCAUUGCUUUUUUUCUUCUUUCUUUCUUUAUUUAUUUAUUUCCAUUGCUUUUUUCAUCAUUUACAUUGCUUUCUGUCUUUCAUCAUUUCAUUUCCUUUCUUUCUUUCUUUCUUUCUUUCUCCUAUCACUAUUUCUAUUGUUUUCUUUCUUUGAUCAUUUCCAUUGCUUUCAUUCUUUUUUCUAUUACUUUUCUAUCAUCAUUUUAUUUUCUUUCUUUCUCUUUCUCUAUUUCUCUAUUUCUUUCUUUCUUUCUUUCUUUCUUCUAUCAUUAUUUCCAUUGCUUUCUUUCUUUCCAUUGCUUUCUUUCUUUCAUCAUUUCAUUUUCUUUCUUUCUUUCUUUCUUUCUUUCUUUCUUUCUUUCUUUUUCUUUCGUUCCGUCAGACUUUUCCUUCUACCACCACUCAUUUAUUUUCAUAUUUCUCAGAGGUUAAUCCGUACUGAAUAG